AUGACGACAAUCAACGUUCACACUCUAAGACAAAAAGGUCAACAGGCUGCACUCGCACGCACCUUGGACACACUGGGUAUUGAUGUGUGUUGUGUGUCCGAAACUAGGAACAGGGACCAUAAUGGGGUUGUUGAGUUAACUGCACCCGGCUUAUCCUCUCGUUAUUGGUUGCACGCAUCCGGAGACGCCGAUGCAGCACUCACGGGUCAAGCUGGUGUAGGUAACAUUCUAAGCGCCAAGACUGAACCAUCGUUGGUUGAUUGGAUUCCGGUGAACAGCCAUUCAUGUGCAGCCCGUUUGACAACAGCAGUUAAGGUUGCUUCACGAUGUAAAACAAAGCGCUGUGUGUUCGUGCUUUCCGUUUAUGCUCCCACCGACUACAGUCCUAAUGCUGUCAAGGAUACAUUCUAUCACGAACUGAACGCGCGACUACGCAGUGCUACUAGUCCAGAUAUUAGUGUACUUGCAGGGGAUAUGAACGCACAAGUAGGGCGUCUGAGCUCUUCUGAUGCUCAGCUGGGUGGUAAUUGUGGGCUUAACUCCAAACGGACUGACAACGGCGAGCGUUUGCUGCUACUGUGCGCCUUGGUACGCUGUCGUUUCUUCAUGAACUUUACCGGGAGGCGCACCAAACGUCUCCUCAAAUUGGCAACUGAGAAACUGUCUCAGCCCUCGGUCAGGCAAGCUUAUCAAGACGCACGGCGUACCGAACUUUCUCUGUCUAGUCCUAAUGACACUGAGCUUCAGUGGAAUAAGAUCACGGCUACCAUGCACGGCGCAGGAGCAUGUGCUUGUGGUACUAUCCAUCGUCACCGCACCAGUCACUGGAUAUCCGAGAGGUCGGUGAACCUGUUGGAAUCUAGAAGAUACCUUUCGGCUGGCUGUGCACGCAAUGUGACCAGACGGGCUGUUAGGCGUAAACUAAAGCAGAGCCUACGUGCUGACAAGGGAGCCUGGUGGAGCAGUCGGGCUCAAGAAAUGGAGGAGGCAGGAGCAGUAGGCAAUUAA